AUGGCCUACCCACAAGACUCUAUACCAAAUCUAUUGCUUCACCAUCUUAGCAUCAAAAGAGCCAUCCAGGUCUUGAGGAUAAACAACUUUGAACCAAACUGUCUGCGGAGACGACCAUCUGACGAGAAUAGCUUCGCCCCCUCAGAGGUUCAGCAGUGGACCAAUCACCGUGUGAUGGAGUGGCUGCGCUCAGUGGACCUGGCCGAGUACGCCCCCAAUCUCAGAGGCAGUGGUGUCCACGGGGGCCUCAUGGUUCUGGAACCUCGUUUUAAUGUAGAAACAAUGGCUCAGUUAUUGAACAUUCCACCAAAUAAGACUUUGUUGCGGAGACAUUUGGCCACUCAUUUCAACCUUCUGAUUGGUGCAGAGGCCCAACAGCAGAAGCGCGAUGCCAUGGAGUUACCAGAUUAUGUCCUUUUCACAGCUACCGCCAAAGUGAAGCCAAAGGAAUUAACCUUCAGCAAUUUUGGGAAUCUGAGAAAAAAGAAACAGGAAGAUGGUGAAGAAUAUGUUUGUCCAAUGGAAUUGGGACAGACUUCAGGAAAUUGA